GAACUGAUAAUUACUAAAGUUGUGGUGAGGAUGUGACGUCUGACAAAUAACAGGAAGUACAAACAGUCUUAAAGAGUCAUCAGUUCAGAGACUGUGACAGUCGAGAUCGAGAACAAGAAAGAAGUGAGACAGAGAAGCACGAUGGAUGAAUUCAGAUGGAUUCAAAUGUUUUCAUGUCUGAUGCUGAUGAUUCAGAUUGCAGUAUCUGUAAAUGAAACAUCCAUGUUUAUGAAAGUUGGAGGUGACGUCACUCUGCUUUGUCUAAAUGUGAUAGAUGAGCAGAAUAACUGUGAUGGUACUACGUGGACGUUUGCUUCAAGACGCAAACAAACAACAGUAGAGCUGAUCACACAUGGACAGAUUGGUGAAGAAGCCAAAACUAAAUCAGACAGACUGAGUGUUACAGCGAACUGUUCUCUGCUUAUAAAGAAGCUCACAGUUGAGGAUGUUGGUUUUUAUUCCUGUCAACAAUACAAAGUCGAGGAAACACCAUCUAAACACACUCUGGUUCAUCAGUCUUUGGUUGAUCUCUCUGUUAUUACCUUGACUGAACAUAAAGACACUGAGAAGGUGAAGUUAAGCUGCUCUGUGGUGACACAUGCAGAGUGUCAUCACACAGUGAAGUGGCUGCUUAAAGGUCAAGCUGUGGACAAAGAGAACAAACAAAUAGUGACUUCACAGACUGACUGCUCCACCACUGUGUCUAUUCUGAAGAAUCAUUACUUAUACUCAUCACGUCAUAAAAUACUGAAGUGUGAAGUUACUGAUACUAAAACAGGAAAAGUGCAGCUGUUUACCUUCAGCCAUCAGACCUCAGGUGAGGAAACAGGUGUCCUGUGGUUCAUCAUUCCAGCUGUGGGUUUGGUCUCACUCUUGAUAAUAGUUGUGGUUUUCAUCAGAUGGAAGAGAACUAGAGGAAAUAAAACACAGAUGGAUGAAGAUGCUGGACUGAGUUUAAACCUUGCAGAGACUCGGUCUGCUCCUCAAACCAGUCAGGACUCGGUGGAUGCUGAAGUUUCCUACGCUACCAUCAGCUACACCAAGACCAACAAUAAAGUUCAGGUUCGGGGUGAUGAUGAAGGUGAUGCAGUGACCUACAGCACUGUGAAGGCUCAUUCCUCUUCUGCUGCAGCCACUGCUGAUCCCAGCAGCCUCUACUCUACUGUCACUUUUCCACUCACAUAGUUAAAGUUGACAAAAAGGACUCGCAUUUAAGUUAAAGACUAAUUUUGUUUUGUGUUUGCAUACAGCAGAUUGGUAGCAACAUGCUAAUUAACGUAAAUGAUUAGAUAGAUGCCACUAUUAUAAAAAAAUAUUGGGUUUCAAAUCCAGAAUCAUGUCUUUAUAUCCUCCAUUAAAACUAUGUAACUAAAUGUAAAUAGAAACUUUUUCUUAAUUUUCUUAAUGAAAUCAGACCAGUGUGUUUCCAUAAUGUGAUCCAAGUGUGAAUAUCUAAAUGCAAACAAACCAAAAGCCUUGCAUAGAUGUUAAUGAUAUAGUUAUAUGUUUAUAUUUUAUGAUAUUUCACAGAAAAAAAACUUUUCUGCAAACAUUUUUGUAACUUACCAAGAAAUAAAAUUGGUCCUGGU